AUGCCAAUGAGGAUAUCUGUUCCUCCUGGACAUAGGUUUCCGUCCUUGCGUGAUCUUCUUGACAAUUCACAUACUCACCUAUCCACAUAUUGCCAACUGGUCAAUGACAAGGCAGCCCUUGCCCGAUCUCUCUUCAUUUUCCAUAUCACUGCUCUCUUCCGUUCGUCGUACUUCAAGAUAUCCGAUAAGCGACUGCUCACCUCAUUACAUCAUGUCCGUUUGCUCGGGCACUGACACAAAAACCCCCAAGUCAAACAUAAGAGCAACA